AUGUGUUCUGAUAAGGAUGUAUCCAGAGAAAAAACUUAUCAAGGACGCGACGAGUUAACAAAACUUUUUAAGGAGCUAGCAAUCGGCAUCAUGGUCAUAGAUGCUUUGACUCUCGUUGUGGCUUCACUUGCGAUUUUUGGCAAUUCUUUGGUCUGUCAUAUCAUCCUCAAAUCAAAAUUCGUCAAGAAAACCGCAUUUAACUAUGUACUUCUAAAUCUGGCCAUCUUGGAUGCAAUAACAUCAAUACUGUUCGUAUACAAAGCUUUGCUUGAUGGUCCGCUGUACAUCGAGGGCAAGGGUGAUGGUAUCAUGGGAGUUUACAACCAAAGUCAUGUCGGGGCUGAAAUUAUGUGUAAAAUAAAGUUGUCUCUUCGGAUUGGACCAAGAGCGACACCUGCUUUCCUUUUACUGAUUGCCUAUGAACGCUAUAAAGCUAUAGUUACACCUCUGAGCAGAAGGACUGGUGGCACUUUCAAUCGAAAAGUGAAGGUUGCAAUUUUGCUGUGCUGGUUUUUGGGCCUACUGGUAGUAGUGAUUUUCAUACUAUCCACAAAUGUUGGCAAGAAAGGAUGUUUUUCUAUCAUUGCUCAAUGGUUCAACCCUACCAUCUUCAAUAUAACAGUUGUUGUGCUAUGUUUUCUUCUCCCUACUGCAGUAAUGUCGGUGCUGUACUACAAAGUCAUCAAGACCAUCAGGGAAGAUGAACAGUUCCAGUUUCAAGCAGCCGUUCAAGGAGCAAGAGCAAGAUAA